AUGGCCUCUGUGGAAUUCCCAUCACCUAUCGGCGGUGCUGCCCUCCCUGAAGACUUCGCACCCUCUGUGUUAUUUGCAGUCCUAUAUGGCCUGCUCGUUCCUCUGGUAGUCUAUCGGCUGUAUGACAGGAGGUCAAGGACGACACUCCUCAUUGGGACAAUCAUUUUCGCCGUUGAGCGAAUCGCGAUUUUUGCACUUCGGGCAAACCAGGCCAGAAAUGAAAAGAAGAGACUCUCUGGCGGAAUGGCGAACUACAUGCAACUCAGCUUCGGGUCGGGCUACAUCACCAUCGCGAGCGAUUUGAUCAGCCUCCUCCGGUGCUUGCUCAUAAACGCUAGCUAUGGUUAUGAGCGCUAUCCCGAAUCAAGUGCAGCAGCUACCAAGGGAUGUCACAUUCCACCUCCACAGGAAGGAGAUCCCGACUACCCUCGCCAACGAUUUUGGGCGCGCCGGUUUACUGGGUUCGCCGGGUUCGCCUUCCUUGCAGCCACCGUUCCCGGUAUCAUCGCCCAUAGUACAUACAAGAAAGGAUUUACGAGCGAGAGACAUGCGCAGAGAACUUUUGUAUACAGAUACGUGAGCGCUGCUGUGGGUUUGUUCUUGAUGAACGCAGUUAUCCUGCUGGUAGCGGCAUGGUCUUGGUGGAAGCAGCCUCGCGUGGCUAAACGUGGCUUGCUCAUGCUCUGUGUAAUCGCCACGCUAACAGGUACCGUGGCCGUGUACCGCAUGGCAGUAAUGAACAACUACACAGUGGCCCUUGAUUCCACAGCACCAGGAUCACAGAACAGUAAAGGGUCCAAGGUGGCAUUUUACAUGCUCCACGUCGCGCCCGAAUGGCUGGCAAAUGCGAUCCUGCUCUGCAUCAAUGUUCGUAAGAUAUUUGGAACUGGUUUCUCUGGAGAUUGGCGUUGGCGUGACGAGACGCCAAAGGAGAAAGAAGCUCGAGAGAAGCGCGCGGCGAAACGGGCGGCACGCAGGCGUGAGCGGGAGGAAAAGGACGGUGGAGAACAGAUUCAGCUCGUUACUCGGAACCUGAUAUGA